UGCUGCUGCCGAGCUGGAGAUUACAAGCAACGGUGGUUUCCCAGAAGGACUACAACACAGUCUUCUGUCGUCACUAGGCUGCGGGUGACUGUUUGGAUUGGCUCUAAGUAGUUUCUGUAGGGGAACAUUACAGAAAGGCCUGGGAUGCUGCACUUUUGGAGAACGAUGUCGAGGUGUUGAAACGAUAGUAAGGGCGUAGAGCUUGUGGAUUUUAAGAACUGAAGUGUGAGAGUUUGGUAGACAUGGUAGAGGUAUUUUCCGGGCGGACGCUCCUGAAUAAAGACGGGGAUUGCGUGGACCCCGAAGUGGCGUUGAGGAAUAAAGUGGUGGGGAUCUACUUUUCUGCAGGAUGGUGUCCCCCUUGUCGGGACUUCACACCCAUCCUGUGUGAUUUCUACACAGAGCUGGUUGAGGAGGGUGAGCCUCCUGCUCAGUUUGAAAUAGUUUUUGUCUCCUCUGACAAGUCUCUCGAUGAUAUGGUUGAAUAUUAUCACGACAUGCACGGAGACUGGUUAGCUCUGUCAUGGACGGACGACUACAAACAUGAGUUGAAGCAGCGCUACAAGAUCACAGCAGUGCCCAAACUGGUGAUCGUGAAGGAGAAUGGUGACGUGAUCACAGACAAGGGCAGAAAACAGAUCCGAGACCGAGGCCUGGCCUGCUUCAGGUCCUGGUUGGACGCUGCAGAGAUCUUUCAGAACUUUAACGGUUAGGAAACAACGACAAAGAAAAUGCCUCGUUUUUUUCCGCAUAGGCAACUGUAGCCACAUGAUGUAUAGACGGGUGACAAAUAAAAGGAAAAGCCUGAACAAAUGAGUGGCCUCUUCCAG